AUGAUUAGGGCACAUCUUCCAUCACACCUACAGUUACCUAUCCACCACAAUAACUUACUCGAAGUAUAUAAGCUCAUGAAGAUCAACGGAAUCCUGGCAAAGGGCCAUGUCAUUUUUUGCAUCGACUUACCUCUCACGGAUCCAAGAGAAUUUCAACUGUUAUAUCUUGUUCCAAUUGUGGCAGCUAUAAAUAACACACUUUUAUCAGUGAAACUUUCAACAGAAUUUCUAGCCAUCAGUCCGCAUCAUGAUGAAUUUCGACCAAUGACACAGCAUCAAGUGGACGCAUGCAUAUCGAUAAGUGACGAAGAGUUAUUAUGUCCAAACAUACAAGCAACAUUUCAUGAAUCGUCAAACGUCAAUAAUUGUGAAAUUGACUUAUUUAACAAUCAAGCUAAACCAAGAUGCGAUAUGUAUCAGCUCAAGGACACAACUGUAUGGUAUCAACUAAAUCAUCCGAAUCAAUGGAUUUACGCAACCAUAAAUAACAUCAAAAUGAAUGCAGUAUGCAACAAGAAAGCAUUUCAAUUAACUUUAGUGGGCAGUAGUUUGAUUAAAUUAGAACCUGAAUGCAUCAUCAAAAAUGAACACAUUACGAUUCAAGGUCAUCAAAAAAUGGUUACUUCAAUGCAGGCAUCGAUCACCAGAUUGAACCUAUCUGUAGGAUGGACAAAACAAUAUGCGAGCAAUAACAUCAGCGUCAAACCAUUGUCACCCACAAUCCAUGAGCUUGAACUUAUUCAACGAAAAUUAGGCCACAUCCAGAGUUCCAGUUUUCCAACUGAUGCUAUUAGUGCAGGGACACAUAGUCUAAUAACCAGCUACGUUGCAUUAGCAAUGUUUCUAUGUGUCGCUAGUGCACUAUUAUAUAUAUGGCGAAGGCAAAAAAUCACCUAUCAAACACCUCCAAUACCGAUGCCACGACAUCAGCAGAUGACCGAGGAUACAGCAUGUUGA